AUGGGGCGACAUCAGCAGGCCGUAGAGUCUGGAGUGGCGGGGGAGCCUCCUGGAGUGGCGGAGGAGCCGUUAGUGGCGGAGGAGCCUGGAGUGGCGAGGGAGCCUGGAGUGGCGGGGGAGGCUGAAGAGACUAGGGAGCCUGGAUCAUCGGAGGAGCCUGGCGUGGCGGAGGAGCCUGGAGUGGCGGAGGAGCCUGGUGUGGCAAAGGAGUGUGUAGUGGCGGGGGAGCCUGGAAUUGCGGGGGAGCAGGUAGAGGCGGGGGAUCCUGGAGUGGCGGAGGAGCCUGGAGAGGCGUGGGAGCCUGGAGUGGCGGGGGAGUCUGGAGUGGCGGGGGAGAAAGUCGUUGCGGGGGAGCCUGGAUCGUCGGAGAAUGUCGUUGGGAGUCGUACCCCAAGUGCCACUCAUAUAAUCAAUUAUUGUUAUCUCAUUCCCCCGUCCAUCCCAUAUCAUACCCCCGUGUUAACACCUUACCUUCCCCCCUUCGCCACCUCUUCCCUUUCGACGCUGACCUCACCUCCCGCCAUCCUCUUCUAUCACCUCUCUUCCCCUUUUUCCACCUCUCAUCCCCCGUUGCCAUCAUCGGUCAUCUCCCCUUGCCAUCACCUCCCAUAUCCUCCCUUUCCCCUCUCCCAACCCCACUCACCCCCCUUAUUCUCAUCACGCCCUUGCGGUUACUUUCCAUUCCCCCUUCCAUCCCCUAUCAUCCCCAUAUGCCAUCACCUUUCCUACCCCCUUCGCCAUCUCCCUCUUUCCCUGCCACCAUCACCUCUCGCGGCGUUGGCGGCAGCUGAGUGUUGGGGAGCAGAGAAUGGCAUUGGUGAUAGUGUGGAAGGAGAAAGGGCGAUGGCGAAAUACGGAACCAUGGCCCACCAUCCGCUUCCCUCAUGCAGCGACAUCACCGUCGCCGUUGUCCUCCCUUCCCACCGCGACCUUACCGUCGCCGUCGUCCCUCCCUCCCCUCCCCAUUUCGGCGCUUUCCCGCCGCGGCCUCUCCGCCGCCGCCCGUGCCUUUCCGCCGCGACCCCCUUCCUCCCCCCCCCCCUCCGCUAUUUCCGCCGCCGCGAUUUCGCCGCGGAUUUCGCCGUCCGUGCCCCUCCGCCAGCGGAUUUCGCCGCCGCGACCGCUACGUCGCCGCCCUCUGAUCCCGCCGCCGCGACCGCUACGUCGCCGCCCUCUGAUCCCGCCGCCGCGACCUUUUCGUCGCCGCCUGCCUUCCCAGCCGCCGCGACCUCUUCGUCGCCGCCUGCCCCUCAAGCCGCCGCGACCACGCCGUCGCCGCCUGGCCCUUCCGCCGCCACGACCAUCUCGUCGCCGCCUGCCCGUCCCGUCCCCGCGACUACGUCGUCGCCGCCCGUUGUACCAGCCGCUGCGACUGCAAGUCGUCGCUGCCGCCUGCCCCUCAAGCCGCCGCGACCACGCCGUCGCCGCCUGGCCCUUCCGCCGCCACGACCAUCUCGUCGCCGCCUGCCCGUCCCGUCCCCGCGACUACGUCGUCGCCGCCCGUUGUACCAGCCGCUGCGACUGCAAAUCGUCGCUGGCUCGUCCCGCCGCCGCGACCUCCCGUCGCCGCCCGCGCAUCCCACCGCCGCGACUACGUCGUCGCCGACUGUGCUUGCUGCAGAUCACUCCGCCAUCAACUGGCACUCGUUUGUCGGCAGCAUUUGCCGCAUCCUUCAGGACGCCUUCGUCGGACCCUACUGCGUCCUUGAUGUUCUCCUUCGCCGUCCGCAGGCUCUCCAGCCGACUACACCCAAUCACCCUGGCGAACCUCCUCCUCUCCCUCCCCCUCCUGGCUCCCCUCCUCCUAAGCCUAACCUGGGCGUGGCCGCUACCACCGAGCUUCAGGCUGCUGCUGACGCCACCUUCCUCCACAACCGCCGCGAAUACCUCAUCCGCAAAGCCGACCAUGAGGUUGCUGUGCUCAACUACGAAUUUGCGACGUCGGAGCGUGCCACUCGCCUGGCGCUGAUUGCAGAGUACAACACCUCCAUGGCGCUUCACAUCCCCAACAGCAUCGCCUGGGCCGCAACCGACAACCGCGCCUGCACCAUCCUCCUCGGUGCCCUCCCCGACGCCCUCAUGCGCCGCUUCCAAGCUCGUGAAAUGCGAGCUCACCUAAUAUGGACCGAGCUCCAGUCUAUGUUCGAGCGCCGCGACAUCAGCUCCGUCGGCGUUCUCUUCCAGGAGUACUUCUCCAUUACCCUUGCCACCUGCGACGGCGCAGUCGACUACAUGGGGCGCAUGCAGGAGGUCGCCGAUCGCCUUGCCGCUCGCCAGGCUGCCCUCUCCGAGCCCCUGCAAAUUCAUCGUCUGCUCUUCAACUUCACGUUGGACUACGAGUCCCGCCUGCACGCCUUCACCGAGGCAAACCCCUUGGCUCGCCUCACCGAGGUGAAUCAGUGGACCAUUGACACUGAAGUCAAGCUCCGCACCCCCAUUGUCAACCUCACCACCACUCAUUCCUCCUCCACCUCCCUCAAUGCCACGCAGCCGCGCACCCCAGGUGGUCGCAACGGCAGCGGAGGAGGUCGUGGAGGGGGCGGGGGUGGUGGUGGUGGUCGGGGUGGUGACGGUGGUGGCCGUGGAGGCCGUGGUGGUGGCGGUGGUGGUGGUCCUGGUGGUACCACUCCUGGAGCAGCUGGGCCAGCAGCAGCAGCAGCAGCGGUAGCAGCAGCAGCAGCAGCAACGGCAGCAGCAGCAGCAGUAGCAGCAGCAGCAGCCGGGUCAGCAGCAGGGGCAGCCGCAGCAACAGCAGCGGCCGGGUCAGCAGCAGCAGCCAAGUCAGCAGCUCGGGCAGCAGCAGUAGCAGCAGCAGCAGGGGCAGCAGCAGCAGCAGCAGCAGCAGCAGCAGCAGCAGCAGCAGCAGCAGCAGCAACAGCAGCAGCAGCAGCAGCAGCAGCAGCAGCAGCAGCAGCAGCAGCAGCAGCAGCAGCAGCAGCAGCAGCAGCAGCAGCAGCGGCAGCAGCGGCAGCAGCGGCAGCAGCGGCAGCAGCGGCAGCAGCGGCAGCAGCGGCAGCAGCGGCAGCAGCGGCAGCAGCACCGAGUCACUUCCCGCUCCUCCCCGUUCCUCCUCCCUCGUAUGCAUACCCGCUCCGUGGACAAAAUCCUUAG